UCACUCUUGACAGUAAUAUAUGUUGUAUAUGUAAAUCCUAGAUAUGACAAUAUGCGGAAUUCAUCCAUGAAAAUGAAAAACAAGGGGGGGUUGAUAUCGAUGGGACGCAUAACCGGAUAUGCUAAAAUGAAAAUAUGAAAAAAAAAAGGCUAAUGAGAUCGAAAUAAUGAAUCAUAAAUAGAGUUCCAUUUCGGAAUUGGCUAGAUAAAACAAAGUCUUGCCUAUUAUGACAAAUAAAUCAAAGACUUUCCACAAAAAUUUUUUUUAUUCAUAUAUUUUUUAUUUUAAAACUAGGUUUUGGUUAGUUGAGCUUGAAAACGACUAUUCCUUCAUUGAAAUUUAAUUAAGUAAAAAAUUGAAUUGCAUAUUCGCUUGGGUGGUACCAAUGAAAUCGAGUGCUUACUCCCAUUUAUUAUUGAAUUAACCAAUGAAUUUACUAUCGAAGAUUUUUUCUGUAUUCGAAAAAUUUCGCAACAAAAUUGAACAUAUUUUUUAUUAUGAGAAUAAAUCCUACUACUUCGGAUCCAGCGGUUUCAAUACGUGAAAAAAACAACCUGGGACGUAUUGCCCAAAUCAUUGGUCCGGUACUGGAUGUAGCCUUUCCCCCGGGCAAGAUGCCUAAUAUUUACAAUGCUCUGGUGGUUAAGGGUCGAGAUACGCUUGGUCAAGAAAUUAAUGUGACUUGUGAAGUACAGCAAUUAUUAGGAAACAACCGAGUUAGAGCUGUAGCUAUGAGCGCGACCGAGGGUUUAAAGAGAGGGAUGGACGUGGUUGAUAUGGGAAAUCCUCUAAGUGUUCCAGUCGGCGGAGCGACUCUAGGACGAAUUUUCAAUGUACUUGGGGAACCUGUUGAUAAUUUAGGUCCUGUCGAUACUCUCACAACAUCUCCUAUCCAUAAAUCCGCGCCUGCUUUUAUAGACUUAGAUACAACCUUAUCUAUUUUUGAAACAGGAAUUAAAGUAGUAGAUCUUUUGGCCCCUUAUCGUCGUGGGGGAAAAAUCGGACUAUUCGGUGGGGCUGGCGUGGGUAAAACAGUACUAAUUAUGGAAUUGAUCAACAACAUUGCCAAAGCUCAUGGUGGUGUAUCCGUAUUUGGUGGAGUAGGCGAACGAACUCGUGAAGGAAAUGAUCUUUACAUGGAAAUGAAAGAAUCUGGAGUCAUUAAUGAACUAAACCUUGCGGACUCCAAAGUAGCCCUAGUCUACGGUCAGAUGAAUGAACCGCCGGGAGCUCGUAUGAGAGUUGGUCUGACUGCCUUAACUAUGGCAGAAUAUUUCCGAGAUGUUAAUGAGCAAGACGUACUUCUAUUUAUCGACAAUAUCUUCCGUUUUGUACAAGCAGGAUCCGAGGUAUCCGCUUUAUUGGGUAGAAUGCCUUCUGCUGUGGGUUACCAACCCACCCUUAGUACCGAAAUGGGUUCUUUACAAGAAAGAAUUACUUCUACGAAAAAAGGGUCCAUAACCUCUAUUCAAGCAGUUUAUGUACCUGCAGACGAUUUGACUGACCCUGCUCCUGCCACCACAUUUGCACAUUUAGAUGCGACUACCGUACUAUCAAGAGGAUUAGCUGCUAAAGGUAUCUAUCCAGCGGUAGAUCCUUUAGAUUCAACGUCAACUAUGCUACAACCUCGAAUCGUUGGCGAGGAACAUUAUGAAACUGCGCAACAAGUAAAGCAAACUUUACAACGUUACAAGGAGCUUCAGGACAUUAUAGCUAUCCUGGGGUUGGACGAAUUAUCCGAAGAGGAUCGCUUAACCGUCGCAAGAGCACGAAAGAUUGAGCGUUUCUUAUCACAACCUUUUUUCGUAGCAGAAGUAUUUACAGGUUCUCCGGGAAAAUAUGUUGGGCUAGCGGAAACAAUUAGAGGGUUUAAUUUGAUCCUUUCCGGAGAAUUUGAUUCUCUUCCUGAACAGGCCUUUUACUUAGUGGGUAACAUCGAUGAAGCUACUGCGAAGGCUACGAACUUAGAAAUGGAGAAAGUAAAAGAAAUCAUUUUAUCUACUAAUAGUGGACAAAUUGGCGUAUUACCAAAUCACGCGCCGAUUGCCACAGCUGUUGAUAUAGGUAUUUUGAAAAUACGCCUUAAUAACCAAUGGUUAACAAUGGCUCUGAUGGGCGGUUUUGCUAGAAUAGGCAAUAAUGAAAUUACUAUUUUAGUAAAUGAUGCAGAGAAGAAUAGUGACAUUGAUCCACAAGAAGCUCAGCAAACUCUUGAAAUAGCAGAGGCGAACUUGAGAAAAGCUGAAGGCAAGAGACAAACAAUUGAGGCUAAUCUAGCUCUCAGACGAGCUCGGACACGCGUCGAGGCUCUCAAUACGAUUUGAUUUUGUAACUAGCUGACGUAUAAAAAAAUAGGAUCCAAAAGCGAGAAAAAAAAAAAAAAAAGCUGGCUACAAAAACUUAUUAGACACCAUUGAUCAUGGUGUCUAAUAAGUUAUACCUACUAUUGGAUUUGAACCAAUGACUCCUGCCGUAUGAAAGCAAUACUCUAACCACUGAGUUAAGUAGGUUAUUUAUCAUCGUAAAGAGAAGGCACGGGGAUACUUAUCACAUCGAUAGGAUUAUAAAUCCAAUAUUAUUUCUAAGCAAUACCAAUAAACAACGAGAUGAAAGAGAUAUAAUGUUCGAUCAUAUAAUAUUAAUCUUGACAAGAAAUUAUCUACAUGAUAAGAUAAGAUAAAAUGUGGAUCAUAAACACAAGGGCUAUAGCUCAGUUAGGUAGAGCACCUCGUUUACACGUGCGCCAAAGUUUUUCAGAGGAGUCCAUCACGCAAUCAAACCAAUUGAUUGAUCUUAUUAAUAAAUCGAUGUCUUACUCCAUGACUUUUUUUUAGGAAAAAGAGGAGAACAAUAGCCUGACAUUAGGUCCUAUUAAAGUACCCCAUUUCGGUAGGGAAUUAAUAGAACCCAUCAUUGAUUUGAGAUAUUGAUAGGGUGAAUACCCAGUCUACUUAAUGCUAGGCAGAAUGAGUAUAAGGAACUCAAAAAUGAUCUUUUCGUCCUAUGAACCUUAAGGUGUAGCAAGUUUCAUAUUUGAUUUUUUAAUCAGGAUGUUAGAGACUAUAUUUAACUUAAGUUGAUCUAGACCAAAAGCAAACCUACGUCAAGAGAACCCUUCUUUGAAACACUUUGGUAGUUAUUCUGUAUUGUAUUAGAAUUAAAAAAUAAUCAAUCAGAGUACUUGGAACCAUUUCUUAUCUUUUUUUUUUAAGAAAAAAUAUGGUAGACUAACUGAUCUUUCUAUCAGUUAAUGAAAGAGCCCAAUGCAAAAAAAAUGCAUGUUGGGUCUUUGAAAGAGUUCGAAUCAUUUUGAUAAUAAUAAGUUCGAGCUCUUUUACCGAGCAGGUCUACGGUUCGAAUCCGUAUAGCCCUAACUAAUAAAUUUAUUCUAAUAAAUGACAUUCAAAUCCAAAUAAUUGGAUAAUUUUUGACUUUUUAUUGUAUUCUUUAUUUCUAACUGGUUACUUUCAAUUUGUUGGUUCAUAAAAAAAACUCCCAGACCCUAAACCAUAAGUCCUGGGGGUCGUUCAGAAUAAAACGGAAAACCAAAUUUGAUUUCAUUUGAUUUCAGUGGAUCCAAUCACUAUCUAUAGAUAUAUCUAGAUAGAUACUUAUAAUUUAGAAUAAACGUUUUUUAUUCAUUCAUUUUCAUAGUCGUAAGUGGAUUUUUUGAUACGUCAUAAUUUUAAAAACGAAGAUAUUUUUAUCAAUUUGUUUUAUUUUUAAAUAAAACAUAAAGCAAAUUUAAGAAACAGAAAUAAAAAAAAUUACUAGUUAUUAAUCAUAUUAAUAUUAUAUUAUUAAUAUGAGAAACUAUUAGUAAUAGAAACAUGGAAAUAUUAAGUAAUAAGUGUACUGAAAAUAAGAUUACAAUCAAUAAAUCUUAAAAGGAGACGUCUACCACAGCAACCAAACGAAAAUAAAUGAUUCGAUUAACCUGAAUUUUUGUUUUGACGCAAGAGUUAUAUAUACCUUGCCCAAUCCACUCCGAUUGGAAUUGACUAAGCGGGUAUUUUUUCCACAUUCAUAGGAGUUCGUCUAUGUUUCUGCUUUACGAAUAUGAUAUUUUCUGGGCAUUUUUAAUAAUAUCAAGUGCUAUUCCUGUUUUGGCAUUUCUAAUUUCCGGGGUUUUAUCUCCAAUUACGAAGGGGCCGGAGAAACUUUCUAGUUAUGAAUCAGGUAUAGAACCGAUCGGGGAUGCUUGGUUACAAUUUAGAAUCCGUUAUUAUAUGUUUGCUCUAGUUUUUGUUGUUUUUGAUGUUGAAACCGUUUUUCUGUAUCCGUGGGCAAUGAGUUUCGAUGUACUAGGGGUAUCCGCUUUUAUAGAAGCUUUCAUUUUCGUGCUUAUCCUAAUUCUUGGUUUAGUUUAUGCAUGGCGAAAAGGAGCGUUGGAAUGGUCUUAGUUCGUUUCCUGAAUACUUGUACAAUAACAAUAAAAAAAAAGUAAAAAAAAACCAUUGAAACAAUUAUGAAUUCCAUUAAGUUUCCCGUACUUGAUCGAACAACAAAAAACUCAGUUAUUUCAACUACGUUAAAUGAUCUUUCAAAUUGGUCAAGACUUUCCAGCCUAUGGCCGCUUCUUUAUGGUACCAGUUGUUGUUUUAUUGAAUUUGCCUCAUUAAUAGGCUCCCGAUUUGACUUUGAUCGUUAUGGGCUAGUACCAAGAUCAAGUCCUAGACAGGCGGACCUUAUUUUAACAGCAGGUACAGUAACAAUGAAAAUGGCUCCUUCUUUAGUGAGAUUAUAUGAACAAAUGCCUGAACCAAAGUAUGUUAUUGCUAUGGGAGCGUGUACAAUUACAGGGGGGAUGUUCAGUACCGAUUCUUAUAGUACUGUUCGAGGGGUUGAUAAGCUAAUUCCUGUAGAUGUCUAUUUGCCGGGUUGUCCACCUAAACCAGAGGCUGUUAUAGACGCUAUAACAAAGCUUCGUAAGAAAAUAGCUAGAGAAAUCUAUAAGGAUCGAAUUAGACCUCAACGGGGUAAUCGGUGUUUUACUACCAAUCACAAGUUUUUUGUUGUACGCAGUACACAGACUGGAAAUUAUGAUCAAGAAUUACUCUAUCCACCAUCAUCUACUUCAGAGAUCUCUACUGAAACAUUUUUUAAAUACAAAAGCCCAGUAUCUUCCCACGAAUUAGUGAAUUAGGGAGGAUUUGAGAGAAUAAGAAAAAAAUCUUCAUAAAUUAGAACUCAUGGUAAAUGUGAAAUACUUAAAUUUAUAUAAAAAAGGUGUGGGGGAAAUAAAAAAGAUGCAGGGCACUUUGUCCGUUUGGCUAGCCAAACGCGGGCUGGUUCAUAGAUCGUUGGGCUUCGAUUACCAAGGAAUAGAGACUUUACAAAUAAAGCCCGAAGAUUGGCAUUCUAUUGCUGUAAUUUUAUAUGUAUAUGGUUACAAUUAUUUACGUUCCCAAUGUGCCUAUGAUGUGGCACCAGGUGGCCUCUUAGCCAGUGUGUAUCAUCUUACGAGAAUAGAAUAUGGUGUCAAUCAAGCGGAAGAAGUUUGCAUAAAAGUAUUUACUCACAGGAGUAAUCCCAGAAUUCCAUCUGUUUUCUGGGUUUGGAAAAGUACGGAUUUUCAAGAACGGGAAUCUUAUGAUAUGUUAGGAAUCACUUAUGAUAGCCAUCCGCGGCUGAAACGGAUCUUAAUGCCCGAAAGUUGGAUAGGGUGGCCUUUACGUAAGGAUUAUAUUGCCCCCAAUUUUUAUGAAAUACAAGAUGCUUAUUGAAUGAUAAAAAAUUUGAAUGAUAAAAAUGAGUCUUAGUUUCUACAACUACGGACCUUCGCGGAAUAUUUUGAAUUCGAGUCGUUUUUAGAUCAAACAAACAGAAGAAUUAAGGUCUUAUUCAUAUUAUUAUAGAUAGCUUAAUCUCCAAUUUGAAAGAUACUUUUUUCCUAAAAGCCGAGCCAAUAGGAUGAA